CCCGGCACCCCUCCCGGCUCCGACCUAUCGCCGUGCCCGCUGCACCUAGAUGCUCGUCCGGCCGGACCCGGAGCUGGGGAGGGGGCGCGUCCCGCUGCUGGGGUCCCAGGGCGGGGGAGGGGAGUGGAGAUAAGGCCGAUGAUGUCAUGGAUGCUUCACCAGGCCUGGGGGGAGGUGGCGGCCGGAGGGGGUGCGGCCCGGAUUAUGUCACCUCUUCCCUCUGCGCCCCGCCCCCCGGGGCCACACGCGCUGGUAGGGAGCAAGGGGAGGUGCGAGAGGGAUUUCCUGCACCACAGAGACCCUAAGGCACCUCUUCGGGACAGCCUGUGGCCGGGGUCUCCGAGCUGGCGCUGCGGGCCGUGGUCUGCUGGUGAAUGGCGAACACCCCCACUUCCCUGCGCGGAAGCUCGUGUGUGCGCGCGUGUGUGUGCUGGGGUGGGGGGGGGGCUCUGUCAGCCCCCUCAGUCCUUAAACACCAGCUUCACCAGAGCCAGGAUCUAGGAGAUGGUUCCCUUCCCCCGUUUGUGCCAAGGGAAGGUGGGUCUCUCCUCACACAUCCCAAAGAAGUUCUGAAGACCUCUGCACCCCAAAACCCUUACAGUGCCCCUAAUCCCCUUUCUCCCUCAGUCCUUCUUCCCAGAAGCCCUUCCUGAUUUUUCUGUUCGGAUUCAUUGCCUCUCUGCAUUGCUCAUAACAUGCAUUCCAACAUGCACUCUCUCUGCAUCUCCUCAGGGUCAGGGCCCGGAGACCCCCAAGACUCUGCCAUCUGUGCCCCAGGGCACCCACAGGCCAGUCCUGGGGGUAAGCCUCAGAGUGAAAUCUCCCUGGAGUAGCCUGAGCCAAGUGCCCCAAGGCCCCUGCUCCCCUGGGAUGAUCAGGGAUGCUGUCCUGGGAGGCAGCAUUUGGAUUGGUCCUUGAAGGAUGCAGGGUGGGCAUAGAGAUCUGGGAAGAGAUUUUGUGUGGAGUGGAGAGGGGCUCCGGUUAGGGGGAAUAGGAUGAGCAGUAGGAGAUGCCUUGGAGGCCCUGCCGCAAGCUCUGCUCUGGUUCUGGGGACUGAGAGAAAUGCCAGGCCUUUUACCCAUAAUACAUUUACUUCUUAAGAUUCCUGUAAGGUAGGUGUGAAAACCCGAGGUGAAAUAACCUGCAUGCAUUCAUCCCUAAUCAGUUCAGCUGGGAUUUACACUUGAGCUGAUGCCUCCAGAACUCCUUCGACUGUUCUUGGUGCUGCUCUUGGAAGAAUUUAGGCAGAGCGGGGACAAGAUCAGUUUUGCCCUUUAGAAAGAGUCCUCUGGCAGCUGUGUGUAGGAGGGAGUGCAGGGGGAAAAGGCCAGUGAGGAGCCCCCAGCAAGGGUGCUGGCAAGAGGGGCUACUGAAAGCCUUAGGGGGUAAAUGGGUUGCUAUAGGAGCCUCUGAGACCACAAGAGAAGGGUGGAGUGUUCUUAGCUUUAGGAAGGACAUAGGUAGGGAGGGGUUGAGUGGUCAUGGGGUUGGAGGGACCUGCCCAUGCAAACCCCAGAUAUAGUUCAUUUGGCCCCUUUGCGACCAUCAAUACUGUGCAUAAUGCCCCAGGCACUGAAGGUUGAUGGUACAGAGAGGCAGAAUUGGGCAACCUGUCAUCUCAGGUGCUCGAGCUGAUGCCAUGAGGCUGCCUAUGCAGACCACACUCAGCUACCUGGGCCAGUUCAGGACCCGGACCCAUACACGAAGCUCAAACCCUUCCUCUGGGCUCAGUUUCUGCCUGUCAGGGAAACGUAUGCCCCUCUUUGUCCUGCCAGCUCCCUGCUGGGGUUUUGAGAAAAGAAGCUGCAGCAGCCCAAACUUGGGAGAGGCAAGGGGCAGGGAACAUUUGCAUGAGGUUGAUCAUGACAGGUUAGAAAUGGCAAUUCCCUCUUUGGGGAACGAGGCCCCAGGGAGAGCUGCUGUGAGUUGACAAUCAAAGAUUCCCCAGGUAGAGCAGGAGAUGGUCCCGGGAGACAGUCCUGGGAACACCUCAUUUCCAACUAGGUCUCUGGGCAUUGAGCUUGUCUGGAGACCACACACAUUCCAGGGAAAUAGUGGGGCAGAGUGGCAUACAAUCAGCCCCAACCUAUGGUAGGUUCUUCUUCCCUGAAUCUCAGAGAAGGUAGUACUGCAUGUUUGUAAUGCACCGUACAGCUCAUAAAGCACCUUCGCAAACAUUAUCCUCUGUCACUGUCAUGAUCAAUGUGAUCACUUCUGAAGUUUGCGCCUGCCCACAUCCAGGCAUCUGGAUCUCUAAUCUCGCUAUUGGCACCUUCCUUCACCAUAUCAACAUACUCAGGUUUCUACCAUGCUUAAUUUAAAAUUAGAAAAGAGCCUUUGGAUCCCAAACCACCUUAAAUUACUGUCUUCUCUGACCUUGUCUUUUAGCAGAGAACUCUCCCGUCUUUCCCUCCAGAUCCGUCUACUCCUCUAGUCUGGCUUUUCUAUUCACCACUUUUCUGAAGCCAUUCUCUCAUAGACACCAGUGAGGUUUCCACCUGCCAAAUCCAGGAUACACCUCCCAAUCCCAAUUUUACCUGGCCUCUUUUUACUACUGGGAGCUGCUCCCACAUUCUCGAAGCCCCCCAGCUUGGUUUGCAGGACCUGCCUUCUUCUGGCCUCCGUCUUGAGUCCACACUGCCUCCCAGACUUCUGGGGCUCUGCCCCCCCCCCCCCCCAGUCGAUGCUGGGCUCCACCCACACCACCCUUGAAUACUGACCACCCCAGUCUCUCUUUCCAUCCAGUAGGUGAGAGAGAUCUUUCUCUGGUCCUUCCCAAAGUACCUGUUUCCCCAAACAGUCUCCCUCUGUUUUGUUAAGGGUGUCACAUCCACCCUGAUGCCCCAGCUGAGAUUCCUCCCUUGCCCCCACCAUUGAACCCCAUCUCCAUGAAGUUUUGCCUUUUCUUCCUCCCAACCCUGCCCAGGCCUUCCCACUGGUUUCAGGCUUCAGGCUACUCAGCCUUCAUCCUUCUAGUCCCCAGCUGCUCCCUACACUGGACCCAAGGAUGCUGAGAAGGGGGUCAUGCUUAGGGUGGGAGGGGGAUUUUUGAGUUGAAGGGUAGCUGGGCUGGAGUAUGUGGGGAGUGGGGGCAGUGCAGGAACUAGAGUCAGACAUGAGAGGUAAGAAGGCACUCACUCUCAGGGUCCUGCAUUUACUGAUACUGCACUUAAAUUACUAGGUGCAUCCCUGGCCUCACCCUAGUCUCAGCCCUGCAUGUGGGGACAGACUGGCUCUAGGGAGGGAGGUGGUACAGUACUCUCCUCCACCCCUGGGGGGCAGAUGCUGAGAGAAUGGAAUUUUACAAAGGCAGUGGGGACUGGCUUGGAGGUGAACUUCCCAACCACUUAAAGCUGUAAUUCCAGGUGUGGUAGCCAAAAGACUCCUGAAGGGCAAGAUUUUUGUCAGGAUCCCCUGGUCUGGGGCCUAAUAGCAAGGCCACGGCAUGAGAAUAGGCAUCUGGGUAGAAGACAGUCUGAGGGGCACUGAGGUGCCACCUGGACCCCUUCGUCUUCGUAGAGAAGGAGGGCUCCUUGCCUGGUUUCUCAUGGGAGUAGAGGGUAAAAGCCUGAAGGGUGCCCCUGCCACCUCUGACAAACGUAUUUGAGGGUCUACAUCCACGGCUGGCACUGCCUGGUGCCUUUGCCUCGCUAGAUUAUGCGGAUCUCUGGGGCAGGUGUUUCCAGGUGUGGAUUUGAGACAAAAGAACCAGGAAGCGGGGCCUCCCAGAGCACAGGUAACCCGAGGCCCUGUCGCCCUGCUUGCGCUGCUCCCCCUGCUCUUGUGGGCUGGCCUUAGGGGAGGGAGGGGGGGCGCACGCUCACGGAAGGGCUCAGAGAACUUCGCAGUUCAGGGUCCAUAGAGAACGGGGGGAGGCAGUAAUCCAGGAAGUCUUCCCGGUGGCAGUGAAUUCUUAGUGGGGGAUCGGCCGCGCGGAAUCCCUUGCGGGCGCAGCUGGGUGCAGAAGCCCCGCCCCUCGCCCCGCCCACCUGUGGGAAACGCUGGCCGGGAGGGAGGCAAGGCCCGCGCCCGCAGCUGGCUGCACCUCGUCCUCUGCCCCGGCCUCAGCCAGCGCCCGGGCUUCUGCAGAGGUACUGACCGUGGCAAAGGGGCCCCUCGUGCGGCCGAGUUGGGGAGACCUCGGGAAGAUCCCUUUGCCAAGCGCGACUGCCGCGGUCCCCGGCCGUCUGCGGGGGGUGGGGCGUGCCUGAGGUGGCGCCCACAGGCGACCCACGGGCGCGCGGCAGCUGCAGCUCCCGCCUUCCCGCACCGAGACCUCGGUCCUCUCCAGCGCCCGCCGCCUCGGGGCGCCUGACACGCGGCAGCUCCACGAGGUAGGUCCUUCAUUCCUCCCAUUUCGCAGAGGAGAAAACUGCAGUCCGGGAUGGCUCAGUCGGCCCGUCCAAAGUCGCACAGCUGGUUCGGGCCGAGCCCCGACUGCGAGAGUGAGGCACAUGGCCCCUGCAGACCGGGCCUCGGAGGGUCCCAGGCUUGAGGACCCGUCGGCCCCCCACCCCCUUGGAAAGGCAAGGAGAGGAGCCUGCGCUGGUAGUGAGCCUCCACUUCUUCCCUUGACUGCAACACCCUAGUGCCCCCUUGGCUUAGUCAUGGCGAAGCUGGAGACACUGCCUGUGCGUGCUGACCCAGGGCGGGAUCCUCUCCUGGCCUUUGCCCCUCGGCCCUCUGAGCUCGGACCCCCAGACCCUCGCCUGGCCAUGGGCAGUGUGGGCAGUGGGGUGGCCCAUGCCCAGGAGUUCGCCAUGAAGAGUGUGGGCACCCGCACAGGGGGUGGGGGCAGCCAGGGCAGUUUCCCCGGCCCCCGCAGCAGUGGUGGUGGGGCGAGCAGGGAGAGGCCAGGCCGCUACCCCUCAGAAGACAAGGCUCUCGCCAACUCCCUCUACCUCAACGGCGAGCUGCGGGGCAGUGACCACACUGAUGUCUGCGGCAAUGUGGUGGGCAGCAGUGGUGGCAGUAGCAGCAGCGGUGGCAGUGACAAGGCCCCACCACAGUAUCGUGAGCCCAGCCAUCCGCCCAAGCUCCUGGCCACCUCUGGCAAGCUAGACCAGUGCUCAGAGCCGCUAGUUCGGCCUUCAGCCUUCAAGCCCGUUGUACCCAAGAACUUCCACUCCAUGCAGAACUUGUGCCCCCCGCAAACCAAUGGUACUCCUGAGGGGCGACAGGGUCCUGGUGGUCUCAAGGGCGGACUAGACAAGUCUCGGACCAUGACCCCAGCGGGCGGGGGUGGGGGCGGCCUCUCAGACUCCGGCCGGAACUCACUCACAAGCCUGCCCACCUACAGCUCCAGCUAUAGCCAGCACCUGGCGCCCCUCAGUGCCUCCACCAGCCACAUCAACCGCAUCGGCACUGCCAGCUAUGGUGGUGGCAGCGGCGGCAGCAGCGGUGGUGGCUCGGGCUACCAGGACCUGGGAACCUCCGACAGUGGGCGGGCCUCCAGCAAGAGUGGGUCGUCCUCCUCCAUGGGUCGGCCAGGCCACCUGGGGUCUGGGGAGGGCGGAGGUGGAGGCCUGCCCUUCGCGGCCUGCUCACCACCCUCGCCCAGUGCUCUGAUCCAGGAGCUAGAGGAGCGGCUGUGGGAGAAGGAGCAGGAGGUGGCAGCCCUGCGGCGGAGCCUGGAACAGAGCGAGGCUGCGGUGGCCCAGGUGCUGGAGGAGCGGCAGAAGGCGUGGGAGCGCGAGCUGGCUGAGCUGCGGCAGGGCUGCAGUGGGAAGCUGCAGCAGGUGGCCCGCCGCGCCCAGCGCGCCCAGCAGGGCCUACAGCUGCAGGUGCUGCGGCUGCAGCAGGACAAGAAGCAGCUGCAGGAGGAGGCAGCCCGGCUGAUGCGGCAGCGGGAAGAGCUUGAGGACAAGGUGGCCGCCUGCCAGAAGGAGCAGGCUGACUUCCUGCCCCGGAUGGAGGAAACUAAGUGGGAGGUGUGCCAGAAGGCAGGGGAGAUCUCCCUCCUGAAGCAGCAGCUGAAGGACUCGCAGGCCGACGUGUCCCAGAAGCUGAGCGAGAUCGUGGGGCUGCGCUCGCAGCUGCGGGAGGGCCGGGCCUCGCUGCGGGAGAAGGAGGAGCAGCUGCUCAGCCUGAGGGACUCCUUCGGCAGCAAACAGGCCAGCCUGGAGCUGGGUGAGGCCGAGCUGCCCGCGGCCUGCCUCAAACCUGCGCUGACCCCUGUGGACCCGGCGGAGCCCCAGGAUGCCCUGGCCACGUGCGAGAGCGACGAGGCCAAGAUGCGCCGGCAGGCCGGGGUGGCCGCCGCCGCCUCGUUGGUUUCCUUGGACGGGGAGGCGGAUGCUGGCGGGGAGAGCGGGACGCGGGCCCUGCGGCGGGAGGUGGGGAGGCUGCAGGCCGAGCUGGCGGCCGAGAGGCGAGCCCGGGAGCGCCAGGGAGCCAGCUUCGCGGAGGAGCGCCGCGUGUGGCUGGAGGAGAAGGAGAAGGUCAUCGAGUACCAGAAGCAGCUGCAGCUGAGUUACGUGGAGAUGUACCAGCGCAACCAGCAGCUGGAGCGGCGGCUGCGGGAGCGCGGGGCUGCGGGGGGUGCCAGCACACCCACCCCGCAACACGGGGAGGAGAAGAAAGCCUGGACGCCCUCCCGCCUCGAGCGCAUUGAGUCCACAGAAAUCUGACCCCCCCCCCACCACCAACAUGGGCAUGUGGCCUUUUGACAAAUGCCCUGUCAAAGGCCAGAGUCCACAGUGUCUCCUCCCCACCUUCUCUCUUCCCCAUGUCCCCCAUGUCCCCAGACCAAAGAGGUUCUCAAAGCAGCUGUGACCAGACCCCUCCCCUCCCCCCACUGGGGGCCCUCCAGGGCCUAUGGCUGGGCAACCCACUCGGACCCUCCUCCCAAGGAGGGGAUAGAGGGAGGCAGAAUGAGUGGGGGUUGAGGGGCCCAGGCAGCAGGGGAGCCCAUGCUCCCCUUAUUAGUGCUGCUUUGUUAGAGAUGGAGAUAGCAGGCCUGAAGUGCCAUGAGGUGCCCCAGCCCCUUGGUAGGUCUGGGCUCCUACUGUUGGCCACCCCGGUGUCCAGUGAUGCUCUCUGUGGUCACCUCCUAGGCCAUGUAGCCUGAGAGGGCCUGCAUGGGAUCUGCUGAAGCUGACAGACCUUGGGCUCCUGGCCUCUCUCCUUCCUGCUCUAUUACCCCUCCCUGGGCAGAUUGGCAGGACAAGUGGGAGCAGAUGGCCUGUCUGUGGUUGAGAGGGCUACUUGCCCAGCCCCUCCCCCGCCAAGGUCUCUUGGGCUUAGGCCUCAGAGCCUGGCCUGGUCCUGAGUGUAUGUCCGUAUGUGCGUAUCAGGCCGGAGGGGAGGCUGGGGUGGAGGUUCAGUGCCCGGGGAAGAUCUGCCCUCCUGUACUUGGGAAGGUUCACCUGGAGGCUUUUUAGCUCUACCCCACCCUUCCGGCCAGGAUCCCACAGGGUGAUAGCCCCAUCUGCUUGGCUCACCCCACACCCAGGGCCACUGUCCGGCUCUAACUACAGCUAGUAAGUGCUACCUGCCUCUCAGGCACUCCCCUCACCCAGUUUCUGAGGUCAUAUGAGUGUCUGUGAUGUCUUCCUGUGUCUUCUCCCACUCGAUUCCCCCAGCCUCCCUCUGCUUUCACGCUCAGAACAUCAUUGUCCUAGGCCGCCUCUUCCCCCAAACCUCACCUUUUCUUCCAGUAGAAAAUUCUGCUUGAUCUUUGGUGCACUGCCCACUUCCAAGCUCCAAUGGGCCCAAGCCUGAGCCAGAGGCCUUUGUUUUGGGGGGCGAGGGGGAUGGUUGUGAUUGCCCUUGAAGGACAAAGCUGACCUGAGAGGAAUACUGACCCCUGAGUUCCCAGGACCCUGGGUUUGCCCAGGGUAGGCCUGCAUGGCCAUCAGUGGGGGCUGGGACAGCAAUGUCACUUCCCUCUCGGUAUCCUCUCAGAGUCUAUCUCGGUAAGACAGGAAGGGAAAGGCAAAUUUCUAAUUCACCAGCAAUAAAAAUUAGAGGAGGCUUGGCCCUCAACCCUUGUAUUUCUCUCUUUUCACUCUCUUCCUCCCACCCCAAGACUGGGUUUGGAGGGCAGGGUGGAGAGAGCUGGCAACUACUGUGAGCAAGUUCCCCAACCCCUGACCAGCCUCCUCCCAUGACUGGUGACUGUUUAAUGAGCUGUGCGUCCCCCACAAAAACAAGAGUGCCCCUCUGUGUGGCCUCUGUCCCUCUGCACAGCCCCUUCCCCGUGACCCUCACCAGAUCUCUGAACUGGUUGGGGGAGCCAUCCUGGUAAUCACUGCCCAUUCCACUCACCCCUCACUGCACCUGCCCCAGAACCUGGGCCUAGGCCAGAGGGGCAGGGGGAAGAGAAGGCAUUAGUAGGAAAAAAAUAGAAAAAAAAAAAAAAAAAAAAAAAGAACAGACUCAGCUUUGGGACUUCCAACCACAAAAGAAAUUAUAUAUAAAUAUAUAUAAAUAUAUAUCUCUACCAUAUGUGAUGGAAAGACUUCGUUUUCUUUUCCCAAAGAAAUAAAAUGGAGAAAGCCUCUUGAGUGGCA